AUGUCGUUCAGCUUCGAGAACAUUCCGCGCGAUUAUGAGGAGCUUCCGGUGCCGGUUUACAUCUUGAAAGGACACACGACAGGUGCCAAGGAUGGACUUAUAGCAGCGAUAUCGGACAAGUUCUCAACACAGUAUUUCGAGGUGGUGGACGGGUACUUUAAGGCGUACUUGCAUCUUUCAAAGGGUUACAAUUCGAUCAAGUUGAAGCACGUUGAAGGGGCAUGGGAUGCAAAUGGGUAUGCAGCCCCCAAGGCAGGGGGGAAAGUGUAUGGAGAAACAAGCAUGAGGCUUAACUGUGCACCAUUUGAGGGGGAGGGCACAUUCAAAACGCCAAAAGUGCAUCUUUGCGUUCUCCUGGGCAAGGACUCGAAGGGCACGUUCGACAGCCCGCGGGAAACGGCAGCGUACCAGGGGAAUGGCCUGGAUACGGCAGUCCGGAAGUUGAGAGUGGCCGGCAGGCUCAUGCAGGCGUUCACGCUUGAUGAGAUGGCGAAAAACGGGCUGGGCAAGAGAUGCUUCCAGUUUGUGGAGGAGUCCGGGUUGAGCAGUGUGAGCUCGCAGGAGGAAAAGGCCCGGGUGCAGAGAAACCAGAUCAAGAUCCACGUUAUUCGGUCGAGCCACACGGUUGCCGAAAUCAGGGACAUGCAGUACGCACAGCAGAACAAGAACGCCAAGGACGCCGGCAAGUUGUUUGAAUUUGCCCUUGAAGCGUUGAAAAGUGCAGGCGGAGAUUUUUCUGAUGACUCUACGGCACACACUCCUGCAUUGGCGGCCGUUUUGAUACUUGAUGCACACUGGAGCAAGCAGAAGAACACGUUGCUUGGUCAUGCGGCAUUGGGUGGUGGAACGGACCGCAUCAAGUUGGCGAUAUUCGGCUCGCACGGGCUGCAUUCGUGGCCCAUGGACUGGGAGUCGGUGCACAGAAGUUUCACGGACUGCUCGCGAUUAUCGACCGACGAGGUGGCCAACGACUGUGGAGAGUGCAGUUCUCGCUGGGAGUGCCUGUGUGUGACGCUUGGGGCAUUUCUGCACGAGAUCGGCCACUCCUUGGGCUGUCCGCACGAGGAAAAUGGCGUGAUGCUCCGGGAUUACGUCACCAUGGACCGGAAAUUCGUGUCCAGGGAGAUGUACUGCAUCCGGACAGGCCGGGGCCAGUGGGGGCCGGUCCGCACGGCCGAUGAGCCCGGGUGGAACCGUCUUGAUGCCGUACGGUUUCUCUUCCACCCGGCGUUUUCGCUCUCCCGCGACUUUGGUGACCUCGACUUCAAGCCAAGGCUGUGCCUCGCCAACCAGGGCAUGAAGAUUGGCUCUGGUGUCGAUGCCGGCCCCAAUUUCGUUGCUGUGGACCGCGACACUUUGGACGUGCAGUCCGAAACCGGCAUCUACCUCGUGGAAUGCCACGUUGGCGAGUGGUCCCGGCUUCACUACGAGUAUCUGCCGAAAUUCUACAGCGGCAUUGGGCCCCAGAAGUCCAUCCGGCUCAACUUCUCGCUCAUCCAGAAGCAGCUCGCCCCACAGUGGAGAAACAAGCCCCUCCACCUCGAGGUAUUGACUUUGGGCUGUGGCCAGGCGUCUGUUGACAAUCUUGGCCAAUUCCUCGUCGACCACUCGUCCGCCGUGAAAAUUUCCGGAAACAGACUCGCCAAGAAAGGCACACUUUACGGAUUAAACGGUGGGAACCCGGUCUCGGCCGUUUUCCCUGCGGGAAAGGCCAUCAGGCAAAUCAGAGUCAGCCACGGAAUGGCUUUGGACGGCUUUGACGUUUUCUUUAGCGACAACUCGGCUGUCCGCUUCGGCAACUCCAAGUCUCACUACUCGGACUUCUUUCUAGACCAGGAUGAGAUACUCGUUGGAGUUGCCAUCCACUCCGGGGCCUGGGUCGACGGAAUUCAGUUCAUCACCAGCAAAAAGACCAGCCCCUUGUAUGGUGGAAAUGGUGGCUCUUUGCACAAAUUCAUGAUUCCAAACGGGGCUUCCUUGCUUGGCUUCUACGGGACUAUGGGAAGCUGGUGCAACCAGAUUGGGGUGCUCUACGGUUGA